AUGGCGACCAUGCAUUCUGGAGCCCACAAAGAAGAUGCCAUAACACAUAUCGAGCACUCUAAUCCUACGCCUGCACAGAAAGUCGAGAAGGCAGAUGCGGCGGCCAAGUUUCUGGCCAACGCUCAUGUUGAUGAUGCAUCAUUCUCAUAUGAAGAAGAGCGCGCUGUUCUCAAGCGCGUAGACUAUCGCGUCCUCCCUCUUCUGCUAGGAGCCUACUUCUUCCAGCAGCUCGACAAAUCCUCCCUGUCUUACGUCUCCAUCUUCGGUCUGCAAGCCGACGCCAAACUAGUAGGACGUCAAUACUCAUGGCUCGGCUCUAUUUUAUACUUGGCCCAGCUAGUCAUGCAGCCUCUCGCAGCCUUCCUUCUGGUCAAAUUGCCGACGGGAAAAGUUAUCGGCACAGCCAUCUUCCUCUGGGGUAGCAGUCUAGCUAUCAUGGCCGCCUGUACCGAUUUCAAAAGCCUUCUUGGUCUGCGGUUCGUAUUGGGAUCUUUCGAGGCCAUGAUCGCACCGGCUUGUGUCGCAACUACAACGAUGUGGUGGCGCCGGUCCGAACAGACCCUUCGGACUGGAUACUGGAACGCUAUGAAUGGAGUCACCUUCAUUGUUGGCUCAUUAUUCACCUACGGCCUCGGACACAUCAACAGCGAGUCGCUAUACAAGUACCAGGUCAUCUUCAUGUUCUGCGGUCUACUGACUGUGGUGUAUGCAUUUGUCGUCCUCGUCCUAAUGCCGGAUAGCCCGAUGAAAGCCAAAUACUUGACCGAGCGAGAAAGGUUCAUCGCAGUCGAGCGUCUGCGGGCUAACCAAAUGGGCAUCCAGUCAGGAGAAUGGAAGUGGGAUCAGGUCUGGGAGACUUUGAUUGACCUCAAGACCUGGUGUUGGUUCAUUGCCAUCAUCGCGAUAUCCAUAGCAAGUGGCGGUAUUUCCACCUUUGGCAACCUCAUCAUCCGCGACUUCGGCUACACCAACUUCCAAUCUAUCCUGUUCAACAUACCCUUCGGUGUCAUUCAGAUUGUCUGCAUCCUGGGUUCUUCCUGGGGUGCAACGCGCUGGAGCCGCAAAGGUCUUGCCAUCGCCCUCGUUGCCAUCCUUCCCAUAAUCGGCACGAUAAUGAUGUUGACCGUGCCGCGCCAGCACAAAGGCGUUUUACUCUUUGGCUACUACCUUGUAUCAUGCCUCGCCGCUAUUACACCUUUGAUAUACACUUGGCAUGUUCAAAACACCGCCGGUGACACGAAGAAGAAGUGCACGUCGGCUAUGGUGUUCAUUGGGAUGUGUACCGGCAACGUCAUCGGCCCGCUGCUAUAUUCGGUUGACGACGCGCCUCUUUACCGGCCUGGCCUGAUCGCCAACUUGGUCAUGUUCGCACUCGUAGCUAUCAUCGCGCUCUUGAUCCCCGUCUACCUAGCACUGUUGAACAAGAGGCACGCGAAGCGCAGAGAAGAAUUGGGUAAGAGCGCAGUCAGGGUUGACGAAAGUAUGCUGAAGAAGAAGGAAAUGACACAAAAGGGUGUGGAGAUGGAGGCGCAAGAUCAGAGACAGGAGCACGAUAACGGCUUUUCUGACCUGACGGACAUGAAAAACGAAGACUUCAUUUACGUGUACUAG